AUGGUCAGUGCCACUGUGGGCGUCCAUAGUGGACAACCACAAUGGGUGCCGCCACUGCGGCUAUCCACAGUGAAUGGCUCGAGGGCCGCCACUGUGGUCGACCACAGUGGUCGACCACAGUGGUCGACCACAGUGGUCGUCGCCACUAUGACUCACAACUUUCCGUUUCCUCAUAGCAUGGAAUCCUUGAGUUGCUCCCUGAAGGAGGCCGUCACCAUAGGAUUUGGGAUCUUCUUUGCCCUCUAUUGCUUUGUGUAUAAGCUCAAGAGAAAUGGCAGCAAAUUGAAGUUGCCUCCAGGACCACGACCAUGGCCUGUCAUAGGAAGUCUCCAUCUCUUGGGAAAUCUUCCUCAUCAGGCUCUCGCGGCUCUGGCAAAGAAAUACGGAAUCAUUGUGUUCCUUCGCUUGGGCUCCGUCCCCACUGUUGUGGUGUCUUCUCCUGCCAUGGCUAAAGAAUUCCUCAAAACGCACGAUUUGGUCUUUGCAACCAGACCAAACUGUGCACAUGGGAAACACAUAUGCUAUGAUCAUAAAGACGUGGCGUAUGGCCCCUUUGGAGCAUACUGGAGACACAUUAGAAAGCUGUUGAUGGUGGAGCUACUCACAGUGAAAAGAAUCGAUUCUUUCAGAUUCGUGAGAGAGGAAGAAGUGUCUGCCAUGAUCGCUUCCAUCUGGCAGGAAAGCGGUCGCGGAGAGCGGUGUGUGGAUGUGAAGAAGAGGCUCUCCUCCCUUACUCAAAAUAUUACCUGCAGAAUGUUUUCCAGCAGAACCUAUUCCGACAACGAAUUGAGUGGAGGGCUUGGCUUCAAACAAAUGGUUGACGAGAUGUUCGCUGUGGCCGGUGCAUUUUGCGUUGGUGAUUUCAUUCCUUAUCUCGACUGGCUCGACUUGCAAGGAAUCCGUCGUCGCAUGCAGGCCGUUCACAAAAUAUUCGAUGCAUUUGCUGAGAAAGUAAUCGACCAGCACGUUCGUCUUAGAUUGUACAAAGGAAAUCCCAAGGAAGAAGGUCGUGUUAAAGAUUUGGUAGACGUGAUGCUCGACAUGGCGGAAACGGAGGGCCAAACAAUCUCACGGGUCAACAUAAAAGCAAUCAUCUUCGACAUGUUAGCUGCGGCGAUAGAAACAUCGUCGACAACAGUAGAAUGGGCAAUGAGUGAGCUGCUGAGAAAUCCUGAAACGCUGGCUCGAGCACAGAAAGAGAUUGAAUCUGCAAUAGGCAGAGAGCGCAGAGUAAAGGAGAGUGACGUCAUGAGCUUCGACUACUUGCGAUGCGUGGUGAAGGAAACAUUUCGACUUCAUCCGCCGUUUCCUCUGCUCAUUCCGCACGAAUCGAUGGAAGGGUGCAGCGUGGGAGGAUAUUUCAUUCCGCCAAAGACGAGGUUGUUUGUGAAUGUGUGGGCAAUGGGAAGGGAUGAAAAUGUUUGGCAAGAUGCUCAUCUGUUCAAGCCCGAAUGGUUUAUGGGCAGUAAUAAGGAUGUGAGAGGUCAGAACUUUGAUUUGCUGCCGUUCGGAACAGGAAGAAGAGGAUGCCCUGGGAUUUCCCUGGGUAUUUCUGUUGUUGAGUUGGCACUUGCUCAGCUGCUUCAUUGCUUUGACUGGACUGUUGAGGGCGAGGUGGAUAUGGCGGAAGAGUUUGGAUUAACUGUUCCCAGAAAUAAUCCACUGUUUGUCCGCCCUUCAUGGAAGCUCACAGCUGAAUAUCCGAUUUAA